AUGUUUCGCGUAGUUUGCAGACCUGUGAGGAAGUCAUUCGCAUUCGCAUUCGCAAUCCGCUGUCGACUUGCGCAUCACAGUGAUCACACCUAUCCCGCAUCCUUGUGUGCCGCACGACCAGCCGAGAGAUCACUCUCAUCGAAAAUGUCGGCCAGACAAUAUGCAAAGAGUGCGGCAGCCCAUGGCGCAUAUCACAACAACGGCAGGAAGGAUGCGACUGAUUGCACCUCAUAUUGGGAUGAUCCAGAGAGCAUGGAACGAAAUAGGGAAGAGUACAAGAAAUUUCUUGUAAAGAAUCGCAAAGCCCUCCAAACGUCUCAAGAUGAACAACACUCGGAUGUUUCUGGCGGUCAAAAACGAGCAGGCGAUCAGCAUUCGAGCCAUCCAGGCAGGCCAAGCAAGAAGCAAACGAGCAUUGAUGGGAAGCAGAACAAGCCAUCGAGUGCGGCGGGAAGCAUAACACGUGUGCCAAAAAAGGGUCAAUCAGCGCAAUGGUAUGCCCUGCCAGGUUGGAUUGAUGGGGAGGUAGUGGAGGUUCUGUACGAGCAGCAGGAGGUGGAUGGCAAGAAAGUGAAGGCGAGCCGAGAGGAUCCCCGCAUCGUCUUGAAGAGCGCGGCCUCGGGCAGGAUAUGUGUACAUAAGCCUGAGGCGGUGCACUUUGACUGA